AUGCAGGCAGUUCAACACCCUUUCUCCCAGACCCCCGACUGGACUGUCGAGUGGUUCCGGCAGUUUUACUUGAACCCGUCUUUGAACGAGACUGAGGGCCAGGACUUGACUAUGGAUGUGGUAUACACUUGGGUCAAUGGCUCUGACCCGCGGUUACUGGUGAUCAAGGAGGGGUAUGAAGAUCGGUCGCCCUUCUUUCAAGCGUAUCGCGCAGCUGAUGAAGCUCGGUGGGGCAAGAUCCGUAACGCCGGCCACACUCACACACCAGCAGCUGCUGACUUGACGUCGAAUCGGUUCAGGGAUAUGAACGAGCUCAAGUACUCGGUCCGAUCGGUCAGCAAGUACUUUUCUCGCACGCUCUUCAAUCGGAUCCAUAUCCUGACCACGGCCGUCGAUGAGAGGAAUGAAGAGGUUCAGGUCCCCUCGUGGUUGGAUCUGGAGGCCUCGGGGGAUCGGAUCCGGAUGGUGCCCCAUGGAGCGAUCUUUGACAACUCGAAUAGCUUGCCGUCUUUCAACAGCCUUGCGAUCGAGAGCCAGAUGCACCAUAUCCCAGGUGUCACGGACGUUUUCCUCUACCUAAACGACGAUGUCUUCCUCGGCAAAGAAAUGGUUGCCGCCGACAUAUGGACUCCCCUCUAUGGCUUCGUCUUCCACAUGGAGCCCACCCUCCUCGUUCCUCCCACCAUCCUCCCCCCUCCCCAAAACACCCUUUCCGUAGGAGAAUGGAACUCUCUCCAGUACUCCAACCACCUCCUCUCUCGUCAAUUCGGGCCCCGGUUCCGAUCGUACCUUGCGCACGUCCCGCAUGUACUCUGUACUCCCAUACUCCAGGAGAUCCAACAUAUCUGGUCGGAGGAGUUUGCCGAGACGAGCGCACAUCGGUUCCGGGGCGAAGGAAGAGCUGAAGAUGUGCAGGUGUCGUUCUUUAUGGCGCAUUAUGUGAUGGAGCGGUUGCGUGAGACCCAGUUGGCGUCGUUUUGGAAUUAUCGGUUGGAUGCUAAUAUGGAUGGGGUCCUAGAUUGGGAUGAGCGGAGCAGGUUUUUGGACCGGGUUCGUACUUGGAAUGAAGGGCAGGCCAAGACUGCAGAGUUGUUGAAUUCUGCACAGGGGUACACAUUUGUUAGUGGGUUCAAUAGCUCAUUGAAGGACUAUGAGGCCAACCUGGCAAAGUUGGGGUUCCCCAGGUCUGGAUCCUCGGAUUACAAGCUGUCCGGUCUGGACGGGUACCCGUUCAUGAUCAAGACCAACGAGCAUGAGCUCAUCCAGUCCCUCGACGGCACCACCAUCCCUACUUCCGCUCCUCCUUCCAAUAAGGACAUUCCGUACAUGCCCACCUUCUCUGUCGACCACCGCCUGUGCUACUUUGCCAUUGACCAGUGUCUCGGGCCCCAGUUCUCCAACGAGUCCAUCCUCACCCUCAACAAGACAACCUCAACUCAGAUCUUCGAGAACCUCGCAUUCGCAAAAUUCCAAUGCGGCGACUGUCUCCUCCACAUGCUCCGCCAAUCUUCCUCUCCUUCCUCCUCCACCUCCUCCACUUCCAAAUCAUCACGCGGCCCGGGAUUAGGCAGCGAGAUCCUCCCGCUCAACACCCAAACCCCAGCCUUCCGCAAUGUCAUCGCAGACCUCAGCAAGUACAACUUUGUCGUCGCCACCUCGCCAUACUCCUUCGUCCAGCUGCAUGAGCCCCAAGACGCGAGAAGAAAAUUGGACCUGAUCAAGAGCAGAGAGUAUAUGGAAGCCUUCUUUUGUAUCAAUGAUAACGCGGGUGAGAACCCGACGACGGUGGAUCAGAUCCGCGCGGUCUUUGCCGAUUUCUUGAACGCCAGAUUCCCUACCCCUUCUCCUUGGGAGAAAUAG